AUGUCGUCCAGCGAGAUUGAAGAAUUUGUAAAUGGAGCGCUAGUUUCGUGGAUUGAGUCGUGUUUACCGCGCCAUGAAAUAAUCGCCGGAUACGUGUCACUGCUCGAUGGCACGAUACUGCACAGCGUGUACCUGCAGAUCGACCCGGAGCCACAGCAUCAUCCGGCGAAGAUACGCGGCAACACGGAAGCGCUGACAUCGCUGACGUCGGCUCGGACGCGAAACUUCGAUGCGAUCGUGAAGAACUUGCGCAACCUCUACGAUGAAGAGUUGGGCCAGACUAUUCUCACGCUUCCGGAUUGCUCCGUGUUGGGGCACUCGCCGGAAACGCGUGCCGGCUUGGAGCAGAUGAAGCUGCUCAUAACGCUGCUGCUCGGCGCGGCUGUCCAGUGCCCGAACAAAGAAAUUUUCAUCGCUCGCAUCAAAGAACUGGACGUGAACACGCAGCAUGCGAUCGUGGAGGUGAUCAAACAGGUCACGGACAGCCAGACGUUGGUGCUCACUCAAGAAUCCCUCGAGCAGCUGUCGCCGGAGCUAAUGUGCAAGCACGUCGUUCGGUUGGCGAAGGAGCGGGACCAGUACCAUGGGAAGUGGAUGUCCUCGUUUAUCACCGAUAGCGAACAGCAGGCCCUCGUGAAUAGUUCCAGCUCGAAGAGCAGCCUGCACAAUGCAUCGUCUGCGUCCACGAGCACGGCCAACACUCCGUCGACCACGUCCGAGAACAACCAUCUCGCGGUCGAGCUGGCCGACUACAAGUCGAAGCUGCGGAAACUGCGCCAGGAGCUGGAGGAAAAGUCGGAGCUGCUCAUGGAGGUGAAGGAAGAGUUGGAUCAUAAAUGCAACCAGUACGAGAAGCUGCGCACGGAAAGCCAGGACUGGUACUCGGAGUCCCGUCGAGCUGCGGCCUAUCGGGACGAGGUGGAUGUCCUGCGUGAGCGAUCGGAACGAGCCGAUCGGCUAGAGAUGGAAGUACAAAAAUUGCGUGAAAAAUUGUCAGAUGCCGAGUUCUACAAGACGCGUGUGGAAGAACUGCGGGAAGAUAAUCGAAUGUUGCUAGAAACGAAGGAAAUGCUCGAAGAACAGCUGGCACGAUCGAGAAAACGUAGCGAUCAGGUGAUGACUCUCGAGGCAGAAAUCAUCAAAUUCAAGCAGAUGAUGAAUGAUAUGACGCUGGAGCGGGACGUAGACAAAAGCAAACUGCAAGAGCUGCUAGAAGAGAACGUCCAACUACAACUGGCGACAAAGAACCUGAUGGCGGGUCCGGAUGCGAAUGCCGCGAACCAAACUCAAUCCGACACGGACACGGACGAUCUUCCGUCCAACGAUAACAGUCUUUCGGAGCAACUUACCACGAAUGCUCAGACUCGCGCGUUGAAGUUGGAGCUGGAAAACCGUCGAUUACUUGCCGCGCUGGAUAGUUUGAAAGAGUCAUCGUUCCACGAAAACUCCAACAAGAUUCUUGAGCUUGAGAAGGACAAGAAGAAACUGUCGUUACGUCUAGAUCAGACACAGGAAAAUUGCAACAGACUCGUGCAACAGAACGGUGAAUUAGAAAACGUGUUCAAAAAUGCCCUCGAAGAAAACAAGAAGCUCCAGGACGCGAUCGAUUCGAAGCAGCAAAUGAUCGACCGACAAACGCAUGAUCGUGAGCUCGAUCGCAUGCGGCAGAUCGAUUUAGAGAAACAAAUCGAAGCUCUUACCAAGGACAAGCAGCGAAUACAGAACCUGUUCGAGAGCAUCCAACGCCGAACGAUCGACCUGGAGCGUUCGAUCGACAGUAAGAGCAAGGAGAGCGCUCAGCUGAACGAACGGGUCAAGGAGCUCGAGGAUGUACGCAAAGAACUGUAUGAUCUGCGAGGCAAGUGCGCCACGGUCGAACGAGAUAACGGAAACCUGAGUAAAGAGCUGAUCAAGUACAAAGAGGUGUUAGAGAAGUGCGAGCACGAUCUGGACACCGUGGGUGGGCAGCUGGAGACGAAGGCGAAGGAAAUCGAUCAGCUAAUGAAGCAGGUAGAGGAAGGGUCGGGUGUGGUGGCGAAGCUACAAGAGCUGGAAAAGGAAAACCAGGAACUGUUGUCCCAACAGAAGAUGCAUAACGAUACGAUCGCGACCCUGCAGAAAGAUCUGUACGAUGGAACGAUGGCGACGAAGAAGGUGAAGCAAAAUUUGGAGAGGCUCGGUUUGAACGAUAGCGAACUCGAGCGCAACGACAUGAACGUGGAAGUGUUCGUCGAGAAGCUGUGCAAGAAUCCAGAAUCCUUUAAAACCGUGCGCGAGAUCGUGCUAAACGUGGCGGGCAAAGAUCAGGGAUCCGUUGGUGGUACCAAAUCAGCCGAUAUUUGUGUCCUCUGCCAUCGGCAGGAGAUAUACACGGUGGAGAAAAGCAUCGAAUUCUCAAACUGCGAAGAAACGACGGUGGAAAUUACGACUGGUCCCUCUGAGGUGGAGCUAAAGUUGGAGCAAUUGAAGCAGGAACAUUCUUCCCUUCUGGCGGUGCAGGAAUCGUUACAGGAAGAAAACGCCCUCCAGAAGGUGAAAGUGGCCACGCUGGGUUCGCAAAUUUCAUCGCUAAACACGCAGCACCUCGCACUGCAGGUGGCCAAUUCACAGCUCGCCGUCGAGAAGGAUAUGCUCGUGAAGCAGGUCGAAGCAAAGCGGCAACAGUACGAGUCGCAGCAACACGACCUGGUUGCACUGCGAAGUUUGCACGAGCAGCUUAGCAGCGAUUAUGACGCCUUGAACGGCGAGAAGGAGUCUCUAAAGAACACGAUUCGCGAUUUGAAGACGGACAAUCGAGACCACCGGGAGCGCACAGUUGUUUUGGAACGUAAGAUCGAGGAACUGGAAGCCGAGCUGCAUUCGCUAAAGGAUGGAUUGACGAAUCUGAACAAUCUGCGAGCGGAGCACUCGAAGCUGAAAGACGAUUUCCGCGGUUUGUUCGCGUCCAGUGAGCGGUUGAAGCAAGAAUACAAAAACUGCCACGGGCAAUACCGUGCGUACCGAACGGAGAACAGCCUGCUGAAGCUACGCACUACCGAGCUAUCCGGGGAGCUGACGAACAAAAAAGAACAGAUCAGCAUUCUGGAGAUUGAGUACACCAAAAUAAACCAAAGAUGCGAGAUGCUGUUAAAUAUGAACGCCAGCCUGGAUAUCGAUCGUCGCACAUUGAUGGACCACGUGUCGCAAAUUCUAGCUCAGUACCAAGAGCUGUUGACACACUCACUGGAAGACAAGCAGCACUACCAUGACGAGGAGAAAAGCCUCACCGAUAAACUAAACAAUCUGAACCGGCAGAAGGAGAAGCUUGAAGAGAAAAUUAUGGAGCAUUAUCGAAAGCUGGACAGUUGUUCGCCGAAGAAGAAACCGUUUGGUUUGAGCCUGGUGAAGAAAAUGCGCCGUGCCGGUUCGGAAUUGAUGAAUCGCGUUCCGAAUAGGAAUCGCCGUUCCUGGGUAGAAGAGCAGCGGCUUACCCAAAGCCAGUGCCUUUCGAUGGGCUCGGAAUCGGGAGGGAACGAGUCGGAUAACAGCAUCGAGGAACCGAAGUCUGUUGCCUCAGACACUAACCUGUUGCAGCGAGGUUCCCAGCUCCGACAGAGUCUUCAGAGGAAGCCGAAUAACGAGGCCCUCAAUGCAACGCUGCUACGUGGAGGUAUUCGCAGCAGCUUACAGGCUUCCCGGCGGGACGAGGUCAAUCCCGCCCACCGUAAUAGCUUUCAGGGGUUUGAUACGGCAACGGAUACACUGAAUCUCGGUACGGCCGGCACCCGCCGUACUGUGUACCUUGACGAUAAGAUCGUCAACUCCGGCUCUAGUACACCGACCGGUGUGGCCGUGAAUCCGUCUCCUCCUCCAUCCGUUUCUACGCCACCUCCACCGCCUCGGACGGAUCAAAAUAACGUUCCCAACCAUGGCACGUCCACCACCAGCCAAUCGAAUUCUCCCGCAGAACCGACAUUCGUGCUUCUGAACCGUAUCUCCACCACUACGACCACGUUGAAGACCGAAACGACGUCGAAUCUGCUGCCCGGCUCCCAGCAGACGGAGGUGAGUGGCAAUCCUGCCGGUGCUUCAUCAGGGCUGGAAGAUAGCAACAAGAAGGACUCGAAUGGAAACAACAGCAAGAAGAAAGGAGAGCCGAAAAAUCGCGACAGUGCGAUCUGGUACGAGUAUGGGUGUGUUUAA